AUGGACGCAAAGUUCAUCAUCACGAGUUGCAAUUUCAACAAAAGAUUCAUGGAGAAAUAUUUGGCUGUUUUAUGCUUUCUUUUCAUUAGUCUUCAUAUGAAAGCUUUAUGUGAAGAACGGCAGGUGUAUAUAGUGUACCUUGGAGAGCACAGUGGGAACAGAAACUUUGAAGAAAUAGAGGAACACCAUCGCUCAUUUCUACAUUCUGUUAAGGGUUCAAAACAAGAAGCUGAGACAUGUCUUAUUCAUAGCUACAAACACAUAAUCAAUGGCUUCUCGGCAUUCCUUACACCAGAAGAAGCCUCCACGGUAUCAGAAAUGGAUGGAGUGAUUUCGGUGUUCCGUAGCCAAACAAGAAGAUUGCGGCUACAAACUACAAGAUCGUGGGAUUUCACCAAUUUACUUGAAGCAAAUGGUGACUUAAGUCGUGUGAAUGGAGAAAAAUUACUUCAGAGAGCUAGCUAUGGCAAAGAUGUUAUCGUUGGAGUCUUUGACAGCGGUAUAUGGCCAGAGUCUCGAAGUUUUAACGAUGAAGGGAUGGAACCUGUUCCAAAAUCUUGGAAAGGUACUUGUCAACAAGGGAUUGCCUUUAACUCUUCCCAUUGCAAUAGGAAAAUAAUUGGGGCUCGAUACUACCUAAAGCAUUAUGAGGCUGAACAUGGCCCUGUUAAGGAAAAAAUGGAAUUCCGUUCACCUAGAGACAAAAAUGGUCAUGGAACUCAUACAGCAUCAACUAUCGGAGGACGAAGAGUUCCUAAUGCUUCUUCCUUGGGUGGAUUCGCCAAUGGUACUGCCUCUGGUGGCGCUCCUCUUGUUCGCCUAGCCAUCUACAAAGUCUGUUGGCAACCUGAUCCUCUAGAUGAACCAGUAUGCCCAGACGGUGAUACGCUUGCUGCCUUCGACGAUGCCAUCAAGGAUGGUGUUCAUGUUAUUAGCCUCUCCAUUGGUAGCUACACUAGCUCUCCGUAUGCUGAAGAUGGCACUGCAAUUGGAUCAUUGCAUGCCCUGAAGAGAGAUAUCAUCGUGGUAUGUAGUGCUGGUAAUUCAGGGCCAACUCCAUCAUCUGUGUCAAAUGUAGCUCCAUGGCUCAUCUCAGUUGGUGCCAGUAGCAUUGAUCGAAUAUUUCAAUCAACAAUUGUGCUGGGAAAUGGCCUGAUUGUUCAGGGGCGUACAGUAACGCCAUUUAGGAAGACAAAGAAGUAUCCUUUGGUGUAUGCUGUUGAUGUGGAAAUCCCGGGCAAAACCACCAAUGUGACUACCGGGAGGUGCUUUCCUGGUACGCUUUCCAAAAAGCUUGUCAAAGGCAAAGUUGUUUUCUGCUGGGUAGGAUUCAUUUCUCAGGCAUUGGAAGUAAGAAGAGCAGGGGGAGUAGCUGCCAUUUUUGGCAACCCUUACGGCGGAAAAGGAGUAGUUGAAAGCCCUUUCCUACUCCCUGGAACAACUGUGCUUCAGAAUGAUAGAGCAACAAUAGUGAGUUAUAUAUUGAAUAAUGAAAAUCCAACAGCAACACUUUUCCCAGGAAGAACUAUUAUUGGUACUGGACCAGCUCCAUUUAUGGCUCCUUUCACAGCACUAGGUCCAAAUGGAAUUGAACCAAAUAUUCUCAAGCCAGAUAUUACUGCUCCAGGACUAAACAUAUUGGCCGCGUGGACUGAGGCAUCGCCUCCAACUCAGCUUCUUCAAGAUCAUCGAGUUGUUAAGUAUAACAUUGGAUCAGGAACUUCUAUGUCUUGCCCACAUGUUUCUGCCGUAGCUGCAUUGUUAAAAGCUAUACAUCCUGAUUGGAGUAGUGCUGCAAUAAGAUCUUCUCUAAUGACCACAGGU